GCUGUUUUAGACUUAUUUCCUUCCUACUCCCAUUACUUGCAGAUUUAUUCGUCCUCCUCUUCCUCAACCCGUCAAAUACCGACCAGUAAAUCCCCCUCCACCACGACGACCUCCGUCCGCGCCAACUCACUAUCUAGUCCUUCCUAAUUUCUCAGCAAUCGAAAGAACCAAAUCGAGGAGCAUCUAGGCACAUCAUUCUCGAUUUCAGACUCACCACUGUCGGGAACUAUCAUGCUUAGGACCUCCAACCAUCCUCCAUUUCGACGGGAAAUUCAGUGAAGAUUUAAAUUAGGACCGCUUGAGUCUUGUAUGAGCUUACCCUAAUAAUCAUAUCAGGGGCUUGCCGAUCGUAUUCAAUGGCAUUGUGUCUUUAAACCUUGUGGGAGGCUAAAAUUGUUAACUUGCUUCAUUUUUGAGCUUUUGGAUUUCGACGUUUUGAUAGGGAUUCAUCUGUUACGUAAAAAAGGAUGCCAAGGUCGCAAAGGUAUUGGGUAGUUGUAGUCGAAGAGUUAUGCAGCAUACUUUGCAGAUGCUUCUUGGUUGAUAGUGGUGUUUAUCACCUUCAAAAUCCAAGCAGUAUAUAGGAAUAUGAACACCCAUAUUUAUCCAGAAUUUGUUGUUAGUUUCAAAGUCUCAUUCCAAUACUGAGGAAUUUUGGCUGGAAGUGAGAUAAAACAGGCUAUUUCCAGUAUCACUACAUCUUCACAAGGUGCUCAGCAAAAUUUACCAAAUGAGUCUAACCAACCAGUAAAAUCCUCCUGCAGUUGAUUUUGAAUCUACAAAUGGAGUGUCAUACAGAUGAUGUGGGAAGUGAAAGUCAACCAGAUUCUGGGGGAUCUCUGGGAAGAGCUGCAAGUUUUGGUUUAAACAACACAAGGACCCCUAAGUUCCCUUGGACGCCUUUACCUAUGUUGUUUUCUGCAAUCUCAAGUAAAGUUCCUCAUAUAGAAAUGGAACGUUCAACUACUCCUUAUGAACUAUUCCAGGCAAAGAAGAUAAGCAGGGGAGAUUUUAUCAAAAAGUUGAGAUCAAUAGUCAAGGGAAAUAAGAAAGAUCAAAGCAGUUAUGUGCCGCCACCUUAUAUUCCAUUGGGACAAUCAGAUUUAGAAGCAGAGGUUGUUCCUCAAAAUGAAGGCCGUCUUUCUUCAAAUCAAACAAGUGGUGGACUGGCACAAUGGUCAUCUGGAAUCUGUGCUUGUUGUGAUGAUAUGCAGAGCUGUUGUGUUGGCCUCUUUUGUCCUUGCUAUUUGUUUGGAAAGAAUGCAGAGUUUUUGGGCUCUGGAACUUUGAUCGGCUCUUGCAUGACUCAUUUUAUUUUGUGGGCUAUUGUCAAUACUAUAUGUUGUUGCAUGACUGAUGGCAUUUUGUUGGGAUUACCUGGAUGCUUCGUUGCAUAUUAUGCCUGUGGCUACCGCAGGGCACUGCGAGAAAAGUAUAAUUUGCAGGAAGCACCAUGUGGUGACUUCACAACGCACUUCUUCUGCCAUUUAUGUGCUAAUUGCCAAGAGUACAGAGAGAUUCGUGAAAGGACUUGCAUCUCUAAUUCUGUUGAUGUUAAUAUGCCUGUAGUCACAGCUCCCCCAGUCCAGACAAUGGAGUCGAAUAAUAUUUCAGAAUAAUGCUGUUGGUGCUGGAAGCCAAUGGUAGGACAAAUAGAUGAUUGUUGCUAUUUCUUGGUUUUUUAUGUGCUUUGACCGAUUUUGUCACUUAGCCUUGAGAUAGUAUUACCCCACCAAAUUUUUAUCAGUUGAGCUGAGAUGUGUUGCUAUGUCAUGACAUUAAGUGAAUUGUUAUCAUCUGCUGUCUUGAUUCCGGCAACUUUGAUACAGAUGGAAAUUAUCUUUAUUUGAAGGCAGAGACUGUAAUUAUAAACAGAGAGUAAGUGCACUUGACAUCUCUCUCUCUCUCUCUCUCUCUCUCUCUCUCUCUCUCUUUCUCUCAGACAAAUUGUCUUAGUCAACAUAUGGUAACCAUUGAUGGUUUUGUGUAGUGUGUAAAAUUUUCAAGGUAGGCAACGACUUGCCUGAUAUCUGAUUUCUAUUAUGGCUUUA